AUGGCAGAACCCUCGUACAAUGCCAUUGAAGACUAUGGCUUGAUUGGAGAUAUGCACACCUGUGCUCUGGUGAGCAAGGCAGGCAGCUUGGAUUAUAUGUGCUGGCCGGUCUUCGACUCGCCCUCGGUAUUCUGCCGUCUUCUGGAUGAUAAGAAAGGCGGAUACUGGUCCGUGGAGCCCUACAAGACAGUGGUUGAUCCCCACAGCAAGCAGCGCUACCUGCCGUACUCAAAUCUCCUUGAAACCCGCUGGACCAACGAAGACGGUGUUGUGACAAUGCUGGACUACUUCCCGGUGACACCGAAGAAGGGGGCACAGUCGGGCCGACUGCUUUCUGGCUAUUGCUCAUGCAAUGAGCCCAAUGCCAAUCGUUUCAAGUCAGGCCUGCAACACUCUGGCUUGAUCAGAAAGCUCGAGUGCAGCCGUGGCUCCAUGGAGCUGCAGAUUGAGCUGUUUCCGGCUUUCAAUUAUGCGCGAGACUCACACACCGCUCGUGCAAAGCUUGAGAAUGAUAUGUGCAGGCAUCAACUGCAGACUAUCCAUUUCGAGAGUGGAACAGAGCGGCUGCAGCUUGAGUUAUUCGCCGAUUCACGGGAGCCGGACAAGCUGGGGUAUCCCAAAGCAAAUUUGACCCUGGAAGAGCGACCAGGGGCAAAGGGCCGAGGCCUGGUGGCCUGGAUUCGCCUGUUAGAGGGACAGACCAUCCAUCUUGUGCUGCAUAGUCCCGAGAAAGCGGUUCCUAGCUCUGCGACCAUGGCGGCCUACCUCGCCAGGAUGGAGGAGGAGACCUUCGACUACUGGACAGACUGGACACGAAAAUGCGAGUUCCGGGGUCAUUAUCGCGAAACUGUUGAACGCAGUCUUCUGAUUCUGAAAUUACUUACCUACAAGCCCACUGGAGCCAUCAUCGCCGCACCCACAUUUUCGCUCCCUGAGGAUGUCGGCGGUUCUCGUAACUGGGACUACCGAUAUUCCUGGGUACGAGACACUGCUUUCACUCUUUAUGUCUUCCUGAAAAUGGGAUAUAGCCGGGAAGCAGAAGCAUAUGUCAAUUUUAUCUUCGACCGGAUCUUCCCACAUGCUGCCCAGGACAUUGAACCAGGAAGUAAGCGGCCAUUCCUGCCACUCAUGUUCACCAUUCGUGGAGAAUACGAUAUUCCAGAGGUGGAGCUGGAGCAUCUCGAUGGGUAUCGGGGCAGCAAGCCAGUUCGCAUCGGGAAUGCUGCUGUUUUUCAUACACAGCUGGAUAUCUAUGGCGAGCUCUUGGACAGCAUCUACUUGUACAACAAGCACGGUAACCCCAUCACUUACGACCAGUGGUCUGCCAUUCGACGCAUGGUGAAUUAUGUUGUUGGUGUGCGUCACCAAAAGGACAUGUCUAUUUGGGAGUCCCGUGGCCAGAUCCAAAAUUUCAUCUACUCAAAGGUAAUGAUGUGGGUUGCUUUGGACCGUGGUAUUCGACUAGCCGAGAAGCGAACGAGUCUUCCUUGCCCCGAUCGCUUCAAGUGGAUUCAAGUGCGUGACGAACUCUAUGAUGAGAUCAUGGAUAAAGGAUACAACGCCGAGCGCGGUCAUUUUUGCCAGAGCUACGAGAGCCGGGAGGUUCUGGAUGCAUCUAUCCUGAUUGCCCCGUUGGUCUUUUUUGUUGCACCUAAUGAUCCACGGUUUAUAAGCACACUCAAGCGAAUUCUGCAAAGCCCCGAGAAAGAGGGGCUUUCCAGCGCCAAGAUGGUGUUCCGAUACGACCACCUCAAAGCCAACGAUGGAGUUGGUGGAGGAGAGGGUGCCUUUAUUAUGGUUACCUUCUGGCUUGUCGAGGCCAUGGCCCGUGCCGCCAAGUACGAUGUGCCAAUCCCAAACAUCUGGAAGCUCGCACUUUCGCACUUUGAUAACAUCUUGUCCUAUUCCAACCACCUUGGGAUGUUCUCUGAAGAAGUUGCUAUUUCGGGCGAACAAAUGGGCAAUACACCGCAGGCCUUCAGUCAUUUGGCUUGUAUUAGUGCGGCUAUCAAUUUGGAGAAGCGUGGCCGUGAUACCUAG